GAGGGUUAAAUAUAAAUAUUGACAGUACUAAAAAUUCUAGAAAGUUGUUAUUGGUUAUUCUUAUAGGAAAUAAUUGGGUUCGAUGUUGGUUAUUUAAAUCUAACAUUACUCUUUGAUUUGAACUGCGGUUAGUUUGACAGGUUUUCGAAAUAAAUUCUGAAGUGGCCAUUUACAUUUCCAGAAGGAUACAAGGAUGGACGUUGAUCCAAUUCCUCUAACUCCUUCCAGCAGCACGCAUUUUUUUGAAUGCCCAUUACCUAGAAUUGAUGAAAAUAAUACCUUUGAUUCUAAAACUCCAAAAGAGCGAGUAAUUGAAAUGUUGGAUGUAUUGGAGAGCCAUGUAGAAAAGUUAAGAAAAGGAGCCUCUCAAUUGGAGGAAGAUAGAGAUCAAUUGUUGUCUUCAAUAGAUUCUGUUAGAAAUACAGAUAUAAUUAGUGAACUUGCAGAAAGCGAUAGAGAUGAUAUCAAUCGCUAUGCUGAUAGGAUUUUGAGUCGUUGUCUUACAGUUGAAGUGAAAAUUUUAACUCAACGUGAUAAUUUACAAGAAGAAGCCCUGCAUCAGGUGAAUCAUCUAAUUGAUGGCUUGAUUAUGUAUGUUAAAACUGAUGCUGAUUUUGCCAAAGCAAAAUGUCUCUCUUAUAUGAAUGCCUGUUCAUCCCAUGUAGAAGAAGGAGUGACUGAUAAAAACUUUGAAUCUGCCUUACUUGGUUGUACAGUAGAUGAUCAGAAAAGAGUAAAGAAGAGGUUGCAAGGCUUGUUGAAUUAUUUUGAUAAACUUAAUAAUGUUACUAUGAUUCCUUAACUUAGUAUUUUUUUGAUAAUUUAUAAGUGUUGUUGUAUUAGCACUAGAUUUCCUUCAUAACCAUCACUAAAUUCUGGUAGAAUUUAUCUAUAAUUUAAAAUUUACUUUUGAAUUGUCUGAUUAUCAAACCAUUCCAUUGUGAAAAAUUUAAUAAAGUUAUUUCUUAAAACUUGAAAAACUUAAAUUUUGAAUAUCAAGAUUUAGUUCAAUAUAUGCUGUGAUCAUAAUAUUAACUUUGUCAAAUAUAGCUUCCCUAUGUAGAAAACAUGUUGUAAACAAUUCACUUCUUAUAAAACUAUCUGAAUCACCAAGGCUUAAGUUCUGCUUUCACUUUCAACAAAGCCUAGAGAGUAGAGCCUAUAUCAAUAUGAAAAUUAGUAGAUAUGUAUAAUUUUUUAAAUUUAGUUUUCUAAUAUAUAAAUUCAAAUUUGUAGGUUUCUUGAAAAUUAUUAUUACUUCAAAAAUUUUCUCAGUAACAGUUUUUAUUUGUACUUAUAAAAUAAUUCUUUUUAUACUGGAAAUAUAUGGAUUUCAUCAAUA